AUGGAUGUGCAUGAUAAUUGUGAAUUUUCAUUAAAGAAGUUCUUAUUGCAACUUCCAAAGAAUGCAAACUUCGAUUUCAAUAAAGAUGUUCGAAAAGAGAUUCGAAAAGCAUUAUUUCUAGCGAUUUCAAAUAAUGGGAAACAUUUAGAUUGGUUAUUUUUAAAUUCAUUCACAGAUAAUAGAGAAUAUACUCGAGAUGAAAUGAUUGAGAAAAUCGACAGGGAAUAUGAUUGGUUGUUUAAUAAUUAUUAUAGAUCCUUAUUAUCAAAAACUAAUCUUCGACACGAUACUCAUACUCAUAGAGCAUUCCAUAAGAAUCUGCCAUGUGGAAGAAUUUUCCGUAAAGGUGAACCUAUACAUAGAUGUUUGACUUGUGGAUUUGAUGACACUUGUGCAUUGUGUUCCCAUUGUUUCCAACCAGAAUAUCACGAAGGGCAUAAAGUUCAUAUUGGAAUUUGUCAACGAGAAAAUGGUGGUGUUUGUGAUUGUGGAGAUCCAGAAGCUUGGACAAGAGAAUUAUUUUGUCCUUAUGCAAAUGUUGUUGAAGAUGAUGUGGCAAUUUAUGAACGUGAAUUACCCGAAGCAUUGGCAAGUUCUAUCUUGACUACAAUAGAGACUAUUUUGGAUUAUAUGGUUGAUGUUUUAAUUCACUGUGAUUUACAAUAUCAAGAUCCAGAGGAAACUACAAUGGCUACAAUUGAAUUAAAUACAAUGAAUAGUACUUUGAAUCCUAGAAAAUAUGAUUGUUCUGAUGAUGCUAGUUUUGUUGAUGGUAAUAACGACCAGUACUAUUUGAUGUUGUACAAUGACCAGAUCAGAUAUUAUAGAGAUGCGGUUCAGAGAGUGCAUUUAGCUAGUAAAAAAGUUAAAGACUUUGCCAUAAUGGUUACAGAUAAGGUCCAAAAAUUUGGCAAAGCUAAAGUUAUUAGCUCCAGGAAUAUAAAACUUCUAUUGGAAAGGCAGAAAAUUCUAAGCUCCACUGGCUUGGCAACAUGUAUUAGAAGUCACAGGGAUGUGUUUCGUGAAGAUAUGUUAGACGAGAUUGUUGUGUGGCUUAAUGAUUUCACGGAAAGUGAACUUUUUAGAACUAAUACUGUGGUGAGGAAUUUGUACUGUAAAGCGUUUUGUAAAAAAUGGGAGAAUGGAUUAUUGGUCAAUGGGAAAAAUGAUGAAAGUUACAAUUAUAAGUUGGGUUUCUUAGAUCCAUCAUUGAAAAUCCCAAAAAUACCUUCAAGAGAAAAUGGGGAUGAUACUCAUUGGUUGUUUGAGUCUUCCAAGUGGAAAUUAUCAAAUGACCUUUGUGAAGAAUGUGAUUAUAACCUUGAUAUGACUGAAUAUGAACGAAAUGUGAGCCAUCAUGGGUCUAGACUUCAGUAUUUAAUCUAUUUGGAUGUUCGUCUAUGGAAAGCAACCCGUGUUUUGUUGCACGACAUGUACUCAACUUCAUUAAUCAUAAAUUUGUGUUACAAGAAUAUUAUUUGUUGUCAGUAUGUUGACAUUUAUCCUACAAUUGUUGACAUGUAUCUUACUAUGGAUAGAGAACCGGAACUUAGUAUUAUGCCUACAUUAUCGACGCAAUUAUUUACAUGUCCUACAAACUCAGCAGAAAUAAUCAAACAUGGUGAUUUGACUAGAAUCUUGUCUUCAAUAUACUCAUUUUUAACUACUGGGUGUAUCAAGUCACCAGAAAACAUUGAUGUGACACAUCAAGUAUCUAUUAAAAGUUUGAAGAAUCGUAGAUGGGGCCAAAUCUUCUUUGACAUUAGCUAUAUUCUAACACGAAGCAAAAACUCAAAGUUUAUUCCGAAUAGCAAUAUUGUUCCAAUGACGUGUGAUAUGCUUUUAUUAUUUCAAGGUAGACCAGUCAUGAGACGAGAAAAAACCAACCACGUUGAAUAUGAAAGUCCUGAUUACACAGCUUUUUUCCAAGCCGUUCUGGUUCUUUAUCAAUUUGGCGAAGUGAUUGCCAGUGCAUUGAAAACUACCAGGGAAACUGAUUCGAUUGGAAUAUUACGCAACUACCAGCUUGCUAUACAAUAUGUUCUCACCUUCUUGCACCGUCUAGAGAAUUGUGAAUUACCAGGAUUAGUGGACAAUGAAGUCGAUGUUGAUAUGCAUGAUAUGAAAAAAUAUAUUGUGGAACCAUUAACGCGUGAGUGUAUCCUCGGCACUACUGUAGAUGGUGAUAAAGUUAGUUUCUUGCAUCCUGUUCACUCCUUCUUGAGUUGGUUAAUAGAAUUUGCUAAAUUUGAUGAUAUCUCGCAGUUGGUAGAAGUGUUUGAGGCCGUGGAAAGACUUUAUCCUAGAGAUUCGAAUUUGCCUAGUCUUGCUGUUUCAUUAUUCGAUUACCCUAUUAAGACUAUUGUUCUUAUGUCACAGAUUAAGGCUGGAUUUUGGGUAAGAAAUGGUUUCAGUGUCAAAUCUCAAUUGCUGAUGUAUAAGAAUACAAGUCUUCGAGACUUUGGUUAUGCCAGAGAUUUGUUCUUGAUUCAAGUAUUCUCCAACUUUAAUCACCCAGACAUUGUGACAUUUUUGAUAUUGAACCGUUGGUUAUUAUAUGAUGAUUGGCUAAAAGAUACAGGAUUCACCACUUAUGACGAAAAAACAUUACCGUACAUGCUUGAAGAAUGUUUGAAUUUUUUUAUUCACUUGUUAACUGAAGACGUACACUUGAAGGGAGAUGAUGAAGAGACCUUGUUGAAGAUUAAAGUGCAAAGAGAAAUUAUACAUACUUUGUGUUUUGGUCCGAUGGGAUAUUCAAAACUUUGUUCUCAGAUGCCAGAUCAUAUUGUUGCUGACAGAAGAUUUGAAAUAAUAUUAAAAGAAAUGACUACUUUCAAGGCACCUAAGGGAUCAAAUGAUUUUGGAGUUUAUUAUUUAAAAGAUGAAUUCCUCGAUGAAGUUAAUCCAUAUUACUGUCAUUACACGGCAAAUAUAAAGGAUGAUGCUAUAAAAUUUGUGAAAGAAAGGAUCGGUAAAAAAACAUGUCAGCAAGUCAGUGAUAUCAUCAUUGAACCACAAGUAAUUAAUCCUCAGGAAUUGGGAAUCUACAAAUACAUUGGAAAUUUUUCAACGUCAACACAUUUUAUGCACUUCUUAAUCAUGACAUUACUUUACAUUUGUAACAAUACCCAAGCAGAGGUUGAAAGUUUAUUAGAAACAGUUUUGCAUUUGAUUCACAUUUGCAGUCUAGAGCAAACCGUCGAUGUUGACAAGUAUGGAUAUUUUUCUAGUAGAAUUGUCACGGUUUCUGAUGUAUUUGAAACGUCCAUUGCGUCGUUAUUAUAUCAAGUGUUGCUUAAGGAGGAGCACAAGUCGACUCAUACCAAAAUCCGUAGCAUCUUUAAAGUGUUGAUUCAAAGAAAUCGUGAAGUUGUUUCCACUAUGCUGUCUCAAAUCCAAAAUUUUGACCUGAGAGUGGUUGAAUUGAAUGCGGACAAUUUGGCUAGUGAAGAUGAAGCAGGUAAAAAGAAACGCAUAGCUAAAGAGAGACAAGCCAAGUUGAUGGCAAAAUUCAAAAAGCAACAGUCUCUGUUUAUUAGAAAGAAUCUUUUUGAAAACCUUGAAUGCGAUAGUGAUAUUGAAAUGGAGAAUUGUUCUGAAGAUCAUGCUGCUUGGAAAUUUCCAGAUAGCCAUUGUAUGUUGUGUCAAAAUGCUGCGCAAGAUGCAGGUCCCUUUGGUAUCAUAACCUAUAUUUCAAAAUCUUCUGAAUUCAGAAAUGUCCCUUUUGAUGAUGAAUAUUGGUUUUUGAAGGCUUUUUCAGAUAAUGUUGAUCUAGACUCAGGUGAAUCUGAUAUGGAUUGUGGACAAUCUUUACACAACAAUCCACCUACUGAGAAAUGGAGUUCAUUCAUGCGACAAACAAGAAAUAGUAGUGUUAUUGGUCCCGGUUUUAAUUUAAAUGAUUAUGUCGAAAGCCAUGUUGUGUCACUGAGUUGUGGACAUGGGAUGCAUUAUCAGUGUUAUCUCAAUUAUCUUAACAAUAGUAGAAACAGACAAAAUCAAAUCACAAGAAACACUCCAGAAAAUGUUGAUCGAAGAGAAUUCCUUUGUCCACUUUGUAAAGCAUUGAACAAUAUUUUUAUUCCCCUUUUAUGGUCGGGCAAUGAUAGAAGUUUGGUCAAAUUUUUGGAACCGCACACUGGCAAGAAUACUUUUGCAGAUUUAGAUAUUAGUCAAACUCAAAAUAAAGCUUGGAUGGAGACAUUUACUACAUAUUCCGAACAAGAAUUGGAUUCAACAUCUAUUUUGACAAGUAUCGGGAAAGAAAUGAUAUCAUCUAUUGAUCCAUCAAAAGAAUUUUCGACUGAACAACGUCACUUCCGAGUAUUGCUAAACAAUAUGUUUCAAGUACUAUCUUUAUUCACCUUUCCGCAUAUAUUCAAGGCAGAUUCUAGUUUUAUAUUGGUUGACACUAUAAAAUCAACUGAAAUUUCCUUGCGUGGUGUAUCCAGUAAUGGAAGCUUGGUUAUCCACCAACUUUCAAACAACUCGUUAAUUAACAUGAGAACUUUGAAUGAAUUCCGGAACUCAAGUAUUUUGAUGAAAGUUAAAAACUGGUCAGAUCUUCCUAAUCCAAGGACAGAUGCAUUUGCCAAAAUUUUUGCCCAUAUUUUCUCAUUAUCUAAAUCUUCCAUCAACCAGUCCAUCUUGGAAGCUGAUUUUUUUCAAAGUUUGGUUAGUGUACUUCCAUUGCCUUCUUUGGGAUUCUCGUUCAAUUGCAUUUUAGAAACAACGUUUGUUGGCCAUUUAAUACAAAGCUUGAAUAUAAUUGUUAAGGAAGUUAGUGAAAACUGUUUGAAGAAGAAUUGGGCAUAUUCUAUACUUGAUAUUCCGACUAUUGCUGACAUCCCAGAAAAUGUUGUUGGUGAUGUAACUACCUGCUUUAAGAAAUUGUGGGGAUUUAUUGAUAUUUCAAGUGUGAACUUGCUUGAUGAUAAAAGAUUUGGCAAUGUUAUUUACUCAAUGUUGGUACGAGUUGCAACUCCCUUUUUGAGAAGAGCCGCGAUAUAUGCCUAUGUUCAAUGUGCAAAUAUUGAUAGUAUUGACUUUUCUUUGUACCCGGAAACCGAAAUUGAAGCCGAUAGAUUGUGUAAUUUUUUGAAGAUUAGACCCAUCUGUGACUAUUUACAUGCAUUCAAUGAUCAUGAAUCAUGUGAAGCUAGACUUUUCCAUGAUUUUAUCAAUUUUUCAAACAAUUCCAACAAAAUCAAGAAUGUUCUUCAUGUAAAAAAGGAAUUAGAGUACCCUGGUAUCGUCAGGCUUGUGGAUUUACCGGAGAGGUUGGAUUUCUUUUUCACAAAGUAUUACUACCUGGAUAAACACAACAAUCCUAAUAUGGAAAUUGAAGAUCCAGCUAUAUGUUUAUUCUGUGGUGAUGUAGUAGAUGUGCAAAAACAAGCAAUUGGUUGUAAAGAGGGUCAAUGUACUACUCAUUAUUUGAAGGAAUGUGCCAAUGAAGUAGGAAUAUUUUUAUUGCCAAAGGAUAGAUCAUUACUUUUACUACACAAGAAUGGGGGUUCCUUUUAUAAUGCACCAUUUUUGGAUGAACAUGGUGAAAUUGCAGACGAGAGUAAAAAUCAAAAGCAUUGCAUUUAA